AUGAAAGACUUGGGAGAGUUGAAGUACUUUCUAGGAAUAGAAUUUGCCAGAUCUGCAGAUGGGAUUCUUAUGCAUCAGAGAAAAUAUGCUUUAAAGAUUAUCUCUGAACUUGGACUUGGAGCAGCAAAGCCUGUAGCCACUCCACUAGAAGUGAAUGCAAAGUUGACUACCAAGGAGUAUGAUGAUCAUCUUGGUACUUCAAGUGAUGUUGUAGAUGAGCUACUACCAGAUCCAAGUGUUUAUCAAAGACUAAUAGGAAAGCUGCUGUAUUUGACUGUGACAAGGCCUAACUUGGCAUUCAGUGUGCAGGUGCUAAGUCAGUUUCUCCAGCAACCAAAGAGGUCACAUAUGGAGGCAGCAAUGAGAGUUGUUAAAUAUGUAAAGAACCAUCCUGGGCAGGGCAUAUUGAUGUCCAGCAAAACCACAGGCACAUCAGAGGGAUUUUGUGAUGCAGAUUGGGCUGUAUGCCAACACACUAGAAGGUCUGUAACAGCUUUCUUGAUCAAGCUAGGUGGUUCGUUAGUGUCUUGGAAGUCUAAGAAGCAGACAACAGUAUCUAGAAGUUUUGCUGAAGCAGAAUACAAGAGUUUGACAGCCACAGUUGUUGAAUUGGUUUGGCUAGUGGGGUUGAUAAAGGAGAUAGGAAAUGAGGUUCAGUUGUCUGUGAACAUUCAUUGGGACAGCAAGGUAAAUUAUGCCCAAAAAGCAGUUCUCUUCUGA